AUGUUGAGCAUAAAUAGAAUUUCACUAAUUCCCCGGUUGUACUCAGCGUUAUUUAAACGGGGAUUUCGCUCUUCUACCAGAUUAUGUAAGGAAAGUGACCAAGGUGACGUUCAAAUAGGUAAUCCAUUUUGUUUAGAACCUAUUGAGUACGAGAGUCGCACGUUCAAGAAACAUAACAAUGAGCGUCGCCAAAGGUUGUACGAAUUUGGUUUAUAUGUUGCGGCCUGUAUGCCAAAAUUUGUCCAGAAAAUCCAAAUGCAACACACAGAUGAAUUAGAGAUUCUGUGCGCUCCAGAAGGUUUCCAUCCAGUACUAUCGUUUUUAAGACUUCAUCAACAUGCAUGCUUUGGAACAUGCUCCGCUGCUACAGCCAUGGACGUGCCCAGUCGCGAAUUCAGAUUCGAGGUCAUUUAUUGCAUUUUGAGCUUACGGUUUGGAGAACGAGUCAGGGUGAAGUCUUACACUGAUGAACUCACCCCUGUAGAGUCUGCGUAUGACCUUUGGCAUGGCGUCAACUGGUUCGAAAGGGAAAUUUACGAUAUGUUUGGUAUAAUUUUCCGUAAUCAUCCAGACUUACGAAGAAUUUUGACAGAUUAUGGUUUUCAAGGACAUCCACUGAGAAAAGACUUUCCUCUCACGGGCUAUAUAGAAGUACGAUACGAUGAUGAAUUGAAAAAGCUUGUGUAUGAACCGGUAGAAUUUGCGCAAGAGAUGCGAUCAUAUGAAUUGGAAUCGCCUUGGAAUUAUAUGAAGAAUUUCCACGAAGGAUAUAAUAAUCCAAAGCCAGUUAAAAAGUGA